AUGCAGCACAUACUUGAGGCAAAUAUCACUUGUGAGAUACCUGUGCCACCUAUAUACGCUACCGAAGCUCCUGCUUUCGCAAUAUUUGCAACUCUUAAGGUUUCAUAUGAGGUUGAUCGGUAUUCAAUAUUAGGAAAUAAUGUCCAAUUAAGUGAAGAAGGGUUGAUAGCAACCCAGCUUGAGAAUCUAAAAAGAGCAUUUAGAAACAUGCAAGUUACUAGAGGGACUGAAAGUCUGGACUACGACGACUUAUGUAUUCAUCCAGACAUCGACAUACUAGUGGGAUACAAACCACCAAAGUUUGAUGUAUUUGAUGGAAAGGGUGACUGGCAUGCGCACCUAAGGGCUUACUGUGAUAAGUUGGUCGGUGUAGGAAAGAACGAGGAGUUGAGAAUUAAGUUGUUCAUUCAGAGUUUAUCGGGAGAAACUUUGACUUGGUACACCCGACAAGACCCUCGUAAGUGGUGUGACUGGCGGGAAAUGGCUGAGGGUUUCAUAAGUCUCUUUAGAUUUAACACUGAGAUUUCCCCAGACAGGUUCUUAUUGGCUAACAUACAAAAGAAGUCGUUCGAAUCAUUAAAAGAAUAUGCAUGGCAUUGGAGGACUGAGACUGCAAGGAUCCAGCCUCCAUUAGAUGAAAAAUUGGUCAAAUUGGGAGAUUUCAUAGAAGAAGGAAUCAAGUCGGGGAAGAUCCAAUCUAUGGCUGUAUUGCAAGCUGCGAGUAAGGCCAUGCAGACUAGUUCCAUUAAUGUGUACAAUAAUCAACCGCAUUAUAAUCCAUCGCGAGCUUCAGCAUACAAAAAUCCACCAAAACCAUACGCCCCUGUCCAAGAUCCAGCUCACCAAAAUAGACCAGCCUAUGCACCCAGACCACAUUCAAACUUUGAAGCCAGAAAUACCCACACCUACACACCGAUUGCAGAACCUUUAGCCCAGUUGUUUGAAAGGUUGAGGGCUGCCAAUUUGUUGUAUCCAAUUGAGGAAAAGGCCCCUGAUCUAACCUCUCAAAACUUUGACAGUAGCAAGCGGUGCGCCUAUCACUCAGAAAUCCAAGGGCAUGACAUGGAAGGCUGUUAUAGCCUGAAGAAUCAAAUUGAGUCUCUGAUAAGAAGGGCUAUCAUCAAAUGCACCCCCGCAGCUCCCAAUGUGAACAAUAACCCCUUGCCAAAUCAUGUAAAUCGAAAAUUCAAUGUGAUUACUCUAGAAGAGGAGUAUGAUUUGGAAGAAAUUAUUAUGCCUAUAUGGAGCGUAGAAGAAAUUGCCACUGCAUCCCCAUCACAACCAUUUUUCACAGUUCAAUUAUGA